AAAAAGGGUGCCCCAAAUCAGAAACUUUGCCGCAGAUGUAUGAACUGUGAUACUGUUGUCUGGAACUGAAAGACGACCAGAAUUCACAUUCUGAAGCAUGGAUUUCAUGGAUUCAAAUUCCAACACUGUGGUUGUAACUGGUUUUGGUCCCUUUAGACAAUACCUGGUUAAUUCUAGCUGGGAAGCAGUGAAGUUGGAUCGAAGUCUGGUUUCUUUAUCACAGUCUGAGAAAUCCAAUGCUCUUACAAGUCCAUGCUGGUUUUUUAUAAAGGAGCUGUCCAAGCAAGGCCUUGGUAAAAGCAUAGAUCUCCGCAUUAUGCAGCUGCCAGCGGUUUACCAAAAAGCAAAGGAGCAAGUCUUCAAGAUAUGGACAACUCUUCAGCCACUGCUUACUGUUCAUGUUGGGCUGGCUUCCUCCGCCAAAGCAAUCAUCCUUGAGCAGUGUGGGAAGAACAAAGGCUACCAAGAGAUGGAUGCUUGUGGUUUUCACCCAGAAGGUGGCUGUUGCGUGCUAGAUGGUCCGGAAAAGAUUGAAUCUACAAUUAAUAUGAAGACUCUCUGGAAAAACAAUUCAGUGGAAGGGAUUGAUAUAAUCUUUUCCAGAGAUGCAGGAAGGUACAUCUGUGAUUACACCUAUUACACUUCUCUGUAUUAUGGCAAUGGAAGAGCAGCUUUCAUCCAUGUACCUCCAUUAUCCAAAACGGUAACAGCAGACUUUCUAGGAAAAGCGUUACAGAUAAUUAUCUUAGAAAUGUUAAAACAGUGUGGGGAAGAAAGAGAAUAAGAAAGAUCAUUUAGAGAACUAACUAGUAUCUCUUAGAAUACAAUUCCUUAACUCCUAGAGAACGCAUCUCUAAAGAUUAUUUAAAACCCUUACUCGGAUAAAAGGAUUUUAUAUUCCAUGUUAUUUUCAGUGAAAUCUUCUUACAUAGAGCAAACAACUGUUUACAUCUCUCUCUGAUGUAAAAAGCUUGAGAAUAAAACAAAUGAUUGACAGUUUGUACUACUAACAAUGAUAAAAUAUAGUUGCUUCAGAUUUAAGAAAGCAUGUGAAACUGGACUUAAAUUAUGUUGUACAUUUUUAAAAUCUUUAAAAAGCAAAAAAAAAAUCCAGGUACAAAAAAUAUUUUGGAAGUUUAAUUCUAAUUCUGAUGGCUAGAAAGACAAUAGUACCACCCUCUUAAAUCAAGAUGCAUGCUUACAGCUGUAAGGACAUUCAGCACUGGAUGAAUAUAACAGAAAUUCUCUCCCAUCCCCAGUCACAGUCCAGUGAGAUAGUUCAGCUAUACAAAAUGCCCACAUAAAAACUUAAAGGGGGGGGGGGGGGCAAAACACAUGCAGGGAUCCUGUUAUGUGAAGUUUUAAAAUCAUCUCUGAGCAGCAUGCUGUAAAUGCUGGUUUCCACAUCAGAAGAGUGUGAACCUGUGGUGACUUAGAAGUUUACAUAAAAAAUAAAUAAAUAAAUAAAAAGUAUAUGACAGGAACUCUAA